AUGAGCCAAAGAUACGCGGAAGGAACGCUGAAUCAAAGAGACAAUAAUAGGACCCAGCUUUUUGGUGACGUAAAUCGUUUCAAUAGUGAAACAGAACGCCCUAGCUCUCCAUACACAAAGAACGCAUCUUUUGAUUAUUCUCAAAGUAGUUUGGCUCAAUUGGAAUCGCAAAGUGAGGAACAAGUGGGCCAAAUGAAACAGAAGGUUCAAGCUCUCAAGAAUCUCUCUUUGAAGAUGGGCGAUGAAAUUAGAGGAAGUAAUCAUACGUUGAAUGACUUAAACAACAGUUUUCAUAAUGCAUCCAACAAGCUAAAAGGAACCUUCAAUAAUAUGAUUGUUAUGGCUAAGAAGUCAAAAAUAGGCAUAAAAACAUGGCUGAUAAUAUUCCUCGUAAUUGGAUUACUAUUUUUUUGGGUUUGGAUAACUUAA